AUGGCCAUCCACCGCGGCAUCCAGUCCGCCAUAUUCUACUACCUAUCAUGUGCCCCUUGCACCGGCUACUCAUAUCGCAAGAAGAGGAGAAAGGAGGCCGACCGUGACCGCGUCGCCAAACAUGCCCUCGAGAUGGAACAACCGGGCCUCUAUCGCCAUCCCAGCCCCUUUGCGACAAACGUUCACUGGCAGACCGAGAUCGACCUUGGUCCAACGCCGGCGCCUGGAAAGCGUCGAGGUCAGAAGAAGGGUCGCACGCGGACGAGCGACGAGAACGCUAGCAACGUUGCGAGCAGUGUCAACCUUGGUCUGACACAGAACGAGAGCAACGACAGCACAUGGAAUCUGCGCAAUUGGCAACAAGAUGACGAUGACGACAACUACUGGGGUGCCAGCUAUCCGUAUAGGAGCAGUCGUCGGCCCUCGACCAAUGCUGCCAGCACAGUCAGCCGUCCGCUUACUGCCCGCACUGCUACUACGAACCGAUCCGCUGCAACCAGUUAUUAUUCCGUCUCGAAUCCUCCUAUCAACGAACUUCAUCCCNCGAUCGUCACACGCAUGGACACCAGCGCCGAUGUCAUGUGGAUGCUGCAACCCCCGCCUCCUGCUCGCACUGCUCGAGGCAGAUCAGGGUCGACCCUCGCAAGAAGUGAUAGUGGUGCUAGCAGACCCAGCACACGGCGAGCCACAAACGAGAAUCNNUCUCGACAAGUCAGCCAGCGCAUUGUCGACGAGAAGCUACGCAACGGUGAAUCCCCUUCAGUAGACAGUCUUCAACCAUCAUCAUCAACAGAUGACUUGAAGCCGUCACGGCGACGCAGGCCGCCGCCGCCCAUCAAUGUCCAAGAAGACGCAACAAAACCCNGCCCUCUCAUACCCGUCGGACCACCUGUGACAGAUCUACGACCAAACAAUUCACCAAAGAGAUAUCUCCUACCCCCGCAACCCCUCUCUCCCGUCAUGUCAGCCAAGUCCGACGAGCGUUCCCGUAGUCGUAGUCGCCAUCGCAAUUCCUCAGCCGAGGACCGCAAACCUCGGCCGGACGAUAUCAAGCGUCAAGAUAGUUCUCUAAACGUUCUGCAAGAACUUGUGCCGGCCAACUCACUGCUCAAUGCUCAAAGGCUCACCAAAGCUCCUUCCUUCGAGACUCGAAUCGAACUCCCUACAGCCGAUCAAUAUGAAGAGAUGAUGCUGCUAGGCAGCGGCAAGGCCGGCUUUGACUCGUGGUACGAGGGCAAGGACUUUGACUCAUUCCCAACAUGGGCUGCCGAAAGAGUGCGCCGAGACGUGACAAAACGCUGGAGCAUGGACUUCUAA